AGCGGUGGCACAUCCGGUGAUUCUCCAGGGUCGGGGAUGUUCACGCCGGCCUCGCCGCCCGCCUCCUCCCCCACCAUCGGCUCCGAGAAUUCCAGCCUCUACGACUACUACUAUACACUGGACGAGAUCGCGCCGUUCCUGCCCUGCCGGAAGGAUGCCGUGCGGGCCUUCGGCGGGGUCUUCAUGCCCACGCUCUUUUCCCUGGUGUCUGUGUCCGGGACGGUCGGGAACCUACUGCUGCUGGGGGCCCUGGUCAGAUCCUCCCACCCCAGGGGCAGUGCCGAGGUGUACCUGCUUCACCUGGCCACCUGCAACCUCCUCUUGGCCCUCACCCUCCCGUUCUGGGCCGUCCAGGCGGCCCACGGCUGGACGUUUGGCGGCGUCCUCUGUUGCGCCGUGAGCGCCGCCUACACGGCCUCCUUCUAUGGCGGCGUCUUCUUCGUCGUCUGCCUGAGCCUGGAUGCCUCCCUGGGGGUGGCCCACGGCGGCCGGCGGUCCCGGCCCGGGAGCCUCCUCCUCUGCGGCGCUGUGUGGGGGGUGGCGGCCGGCCUGGCGUUGCCGGACCUGGCCUUCGCCCGCGUGCGGGAGGACCCGGGAGGCCGGCGCAGCUGUGAGCACGAUUACGGCCUUGGCGGGGUCUCCUGGAGGUGGGGCCUCCAGGUCCUGCAGAACGUCCUGGGCUUCCUCUUCCCGCUCCUGUGCCUGCUGGCCUUCUGCGGCCGCUUGAGCCGCGCCCUGGCCACGCUGAGAGCCCCGGGACGUUGGCGGGCCCUGGGGACGGCGGCCGCCCCGGUGGCCGCAUUCUUUGUGUUCUGGUGCCCCUACAACCUGGCCCUGUUCCUGCACUCGCUGCAGGACCUGCAGGUGAUCGUGGACUGCGCGUCCAGCCGGAGCCUGGACUACGCCCUGCAGGUGACCGAGAGCCUGGCUUUCACCCACUGCAGCUUCACGCCCGUCCUGUACGCCCUCCUGAGCCGCCGCCUCCGGGCACGCCUGGGCGGGGUGUGCCGGACCGUCUGCCCGAAGGCCCAGAAAGCCCCCAGCCCCUCACGGUCCGAAGGGUCGGCCGGCGGGGAGACCACCCUGGAGGACCUGGUGUAGGGCCGGGAGCCCCGAGCGGGCCACCACCCCUGGGCCAUCCCCGAGCCCCCACCCAAAGCACACACCUGGCGGACCCUCCUCUCCCCGGUUGGUUUGGGUGGGGCGGCGGGAAGUACCGGCGCUGCCCGGUGGGAGCUCGUCACCGGCGCGGCCUUCCGGCGCUGCAGGUUGUCCCAGAGCCGGCCUGCGGGCACGUGCGCUCGUCUGCCAAGACGGGGCUCC